GUCUGAGACCACACUUUGCAUGGGUUUCUCCUUCAUUUUCUCUGCUGCUCUUUAGAAGACUGAUUUCCUAGCUUCCAGAGGCAUGUGGAUUGAGACUAUGGACAGUCCCUCAAUGAGAUGGAAGGCUAUGGCAGGAUUCCUGGUGGUGAUCUUUUUUACUUCAGGAACUUCAGCCUUGGUAUGCUAUCAGUCCGUUUACUUUCAUCAGUUUAGCUCUCAGGGCAACCUCCUGACCGAACUAUACUCCCCUGGUGAAAAUGUCACCUGUUCUCCUGCUGACCAUGCUUGCAUAGAUGCACAGUUGAAACUCAGCAUAGUCAGCCACAUUGUGGUUGUGAGGUACAGAGGUUGCACCACCACCAAGGACCCUCCUGAUGGAAGUAAGUCAACCACUUCUGAUGAUGGGAACUUUGCCAUCCAGUACGAUGUGACCUGCUGUUCCAAAGACCUUUGCAAUGCGGGAACAGCUACUGAAGCAGCACCUGACAUGAUCAAAUGGGCUCCAGAACCAUCUAAACCAAUCAACCCUAGUCAGUGCUAUUCUGGCCUCAUCUUCCAUGAGCAUGAAACCACACUGGAGAGAGUGACAUGCCACCAGGACUCUGAUCAAUGUUACCAAGGCAUUGGCAACAUCUCAACUGAACACCUCACCUCAUUGCUUUACAUCAGAAGCUGCCAUAGCACCUGCACUAUUCCUCAGAGGGAGGUUUUUGGCCCGAUAGAAUUCAGCAUCCAAGGUACCUGCUGCCAUGGCAACUUUUGUAACAAGAAAGAAGAUGCUGAUCCAGCCCAGAAUAACCACACAUCGGAAGCUGCCAAUGACUCAUGGGAAGCUGUCAAUCACACCACCAAUUUCAUCAAUAAUGUUACUGGAGAUGAUUCCCCCAGGGAAUCUGAAUAUGAUGACAGUGAUGAAGAUGACCGUAUCAUGGGUACAGCAUUUCCAACGCUUCAUCCCAGGGCACAGGGUCCAAUUGCUGGCAGAGGAGUCAUCCUUCCACUGAGUCCUCUGCUGAUAGCUCUUGGAAUAACACUCCUUGGGCUGCUGGGAUGAGAAAUGGAGAUUCCUGCAACUAGACUCCCAGGUUCUGUGUUCAAGUUUCGGAAGAGGUGAAUUGUAGGAGAGAAGGAAAGGGCAGGUAUAGACCUGGGAAUUGAUCUGGAGUUGGAUCCAUUUCCAGGCCUCUUUGGUCCUCUCCCAUCCACCCAGCCCCACCAACCCAUUCUUAACAUUGCUUGUGAAUGAUACACGGUCAUCCAUGGAGGUGCAUGCCAAAGAACCCAUGAAUGUAUAAAACAGGUAUCUCACUUUGAUACCUAGUUUGGAUGUGAUUUACGUUUUGUUUCACAGAUGUCUUUGAAAGACCCUGGAACAGAUGCCCGCAGAAAGAAAUGAAACCUAACCAUAAGAACAUUUAAACCAGGUUUGAGCCCUGAUAAUUCAUGUUCUGAUUAAUAUUUCAACAGAGGAAGAUGUUGUUCCUCCAGUGCAUUCUUCCAUUAUUAUUAUUAUUAUUAUUAUUAUUAUUAUUAUUAAUCUAGAGAGGUCUGAUGGUAAUUUUUGUCCUCCCAUCUUAAAACUUAAGAGGGCUUCACAUUUGCCUCACAGUCCUUCCUAUUUUAAUGGGAACAGGAAUAGUAAGCAACAGCUCAUAACCCUGAAUUUGGGAAGGGCAAGGACCAGUGAAGACUUUUGUAUCUCAGCAGCUUCCAUUUAGUCUUUUGCAAUCCUAUUUUUGUUUUCUUAUUAUAUAUUUCUAGUUUUGCUCUUUCAUUCCUGUAACACGUAUUUCUAAACAGGAUAAAAGCCUAUGCCAACAAAAAGUGUUUUGCAAUAUUUCACCAAAUGGUUUGGAGCAUAUAACCAACUUGUAAAGAAAAUGUGUGAAAAAUAAAAUAAAAUGGUGCAGACCUAAA